AGGCGAGAGAGGAAAGAGGCGUUGAUUCGACGUCACCGCCCCUGUCCCGAGGGCUGGCGCUGCGAGUGGCAGCUCCUGAGGUCACGGCUUCCGCCGGCGCCAGUGGCCCAGCUCCCUGCCGCUGCCCUUGGUUGUGGGGUCGCGCUUGGCUUGGCACCAGGCUGCAGUCAAGAUGAGCUUACUUCAACUUCUCCGUGACCACUGGGUUCAUGUACUUGUCCCUAUGGGCUUUGCCUUCGGAUAUUACCUAGACAGGAGGAAUGAUGAAAAACUAACUGCCUUCCGGAAUAAGAGCAUGCUAUUUCAAAGGUCAGUUCAUGGCAGCUCUGCAGAGUUGUGA